AGGACUACAACUCCCACGAUGCCGCGCCACCGCCCCCCCGGCUUCCGGUGCUGCGCAGUUUCCGGAGCGGAUCGCAACCCGGAGUCCGGAUCCGAUCCCGCUCUGCAUAUUCCAAAGGAGUCAGCGAUGGCUGAAGAUGGCAACGAGGAGAUCAUGUUCAUCUGGUGUGAAGACUGUAGCCAGUACCAUGACUCUGAGUGUCCUGAGCUGGGCCCUGUGGUCAUGGUCAAGGACUCCUUUGUGCUGAGCAGGGCAAGGUCCUCCCUCCCCUCCAACCUGGAGAUCAGACGCCUGGAUGAUGGGGCAGAAGGCGUGUUUGCAGUAACACAGCUUGUCAAACGCACGCAGUUUGGCCCCUUUGAGUCAAGGAGGGUCGCCAAGUGGGAGAAGGAAUGUGCGUUCCCCCUGAAGGUGUUCCAGAAGGAUGGGCAUCCCGUGUGCUUUGACACCUCCAACGAGGAUGAUUGCAAUUGGAUGAUGCUGGUGCGGCCGGCGCUGGAGCCAGGGCACCAGAACCUGACAGCCUACCAGCGUGGCAGUGAUGUGUACUUCACGACCUCUCGGGACAUUCCCCCAGGCACUGAGCUGCGAGUGUGGUAUGCUGCCUUUUAUGCCAAGAAGAUGGAGAAGCCCAUGCUGCGGCAGGCCUGCUCCAGCAUUCAGGGUGCCCCUGAGCCCAGCGUCCCUGUGGAGCCCGAGCGUGGCCAGUGGGCGUGUAAGGUGUGUUCCAGCACUUUCCUGGAGCUGCAGCUCCUGAAUGAGCAUCUCUUGGGUCACCUGGAGCAAGCCAAAAGCCUUCCUGCAGGCGGCCAGCCUGAGGCGGCAGCUCCUGAAAAGGAGGCCAGAGCACCACAGGAGGAGCCUCCUGCAAGAGCAGAGAGCCCGAGCGUGCAGAGUGUCCGGAGUGUUGGGGCCACCACAGAAGCCAAGAAGAAGCCUCGAAGGGGCAGGAAGCCCAAAGUGUCCAAAGUCGAGCAGCCUGGGGUCAUUGUCAAAGACAAGGAGCCUACAGAGCAUGUGGCAGAGAUCAUCGCUGAAGUCCCUCCUGAUGAGUCUGUGAGCACAACACCGGAUGAGCGGAUGAUGGAGCUGGUGUUGGGGAAGCUGGCCACCCCCACGAAUGACGUCAGCUCGGUGCCCAAGUUCACGCAUCAUCCGACCGGCACCAUCGCCCUCAAGAGGGGCUUGGUUCUGUCCAACAGACACGGGGUCCGGCGGAAGCUUGUGCGUCAGCUGAGUGAACACAAGCGUGUCCAUCAGUGUGGCACCUGCAGCAAGGUCUUCCAGAACAGCAGCAACCUGAGCCGGCACGUGCGCUCGCACGGUGACAAGCUGUUUAAAUGUGAGGAAUGUUCAAAGCUGUUCAGUCGAAAGGAGAGUCUAAAGCAACAUGUUUCAUACAAGCACAGCAGGAAUGAGGUGGACGGCGAGUACCGCUAUCGUUGUAGCAGCUGUGGGAAGACCUUCCGCAUGGAGAGCGCGCUGGAGUUCCACAACUGCAGGACAGAUGACAAGACGUUCCAAUGUGAGAUGUGUUUCAGAUUCUUCUCCACCAACAGCAACCUCUCCAAGCAUAAGAAGAAGCACGGAGACAAGAAGUUCGCCUGUGAGGUCUGCAGCAAGAUGUUCUACCGCAAGGACGUCAUGCUGGACCACCAGCGACGGCACCUGGAAGGUGUACGGCGUGUGAAGCGAGAAGACUUGGAGGCCAGCGGGGAAAGCCUGGUCCGCUACAAGAAGGAACCUUCUGGAUGCCCCGUGUGUGGCAAGGUAUUCUCCUGCCGGAGCAACAUGAACAAACACCUGUUGACACACGGCGACAAGAAGUACACCUGUGAGAUCUGCGGACGGAAGUUCUUCCGCGUGGACGUACUCAGGGACCACAUCCACGUCCACUUCAAGGACAUUGCGCUGAUGGAUGACCACCAGCGGGAGGAAUUCAUCGGCAAGAUCGGGAUCUCCUCAGAGGAAAACGACGAGAACUCUGACGAGAGCGCAGACUCAGAGCCACACAAGUACAGCUGCAAGAGGUGUCAGCUCACCUUCGGCCGUGGGAAGGAUUACCUGAAGCACAUCAUGGAGGUCCACAAGGAGAAGGGCCACGGCUGCAGCAUCUGCCACCGGCGCUUUGCGCUCAAGGCCACCUACCACGCCCACAUGGUCAUCCACCGCGAGAACCUGCCUGACCCCAACGUGCAGAAGUACAUUCACCCCUGUGAGAUCUGUGGGCGAAUUUUCAACAGCAUCGGGAACCUGGAGCGUCACAAACUCAUCCACACAGGGGUGAAAAGCCACGCCUGUGAGCAGUGCGGGAAGUCCUUUGCCAGGAAGGACAUGCUGAAAGAACAUAUGCGUGUGCAUGACAACAUCAGAGAGUACCUGUGUGCCGAGUGCGGGAAAGGCAUGAAGACCAAGCACGCACUGCGCCACCACAUGAAGCUGCACAAGGGCAUCAAGGAGUACGAGUGCAAGGUGUGCCAUCGCAAGUUUGCGCAGAAGGUCAACAUGCUGAAGCACUGCAAGCGGCACACGGGGAUUAAAGACUUCAUGUGUGAACUGUGUGGGAAGACUUUCAGUGAGAGGAACACCAUGGAAACCCACAAGCUCAUCCACACAGUGGGCAAGCAGUGGACGUGCUCCGUGUGCGACAAGAAAUACGUCACCGAGUACAUGCUGCAGAAGCACGUGCAGCUGACCCAUGACAGAGUGGAGGCCCAGAGCUGCCAGCUGUGUGGCACCAAGGUGUCCACCCGGGCCUCCAUGAGCAGACACAUGCGGCGCAAGCACCCUGAGGUUCUCGCUGUGCGGAUUGAUGAUCUGGACCCCCUCCCCGAGACCACCACCAUUGAUGCCUCCUCCAUCGGCAUUGUCCAGCCCGAGCUGGGCCUGGAGCAGGAGGAGCUGUCUGAAGGUAAGCACAGGAAGGCAGCCAAGCGCAGCCACAAGAGGGAGCAGAAGCCAGAGGAGAGGGCAGGGGCACCAGUGCCCGAGGACACCGCCUUCAGCGAGUACCCAGAAAAGGAGCCUGAGUUCACAGGCGGCGUGGGUGACGAGACCAACUCUGCUGUGCAAAGUAUCCAGCAGGUGGUGGUGACCCUGGGAGACCCUAAUGUGACUGCUCCAUCCAGCUCUGUGGGCCUGACCAACAUCACCGUGACCCCCAUCACCACUACAGCUGGAACUCAGUUUACCAAUCUGCAGCCAGUGGCAGUGGGACACCUCACCACCCCUGAACGCCAGCUACAGCUGGACAACUCCAUCCUGACCGUGACCUUUGACACCGUCAGUGGCUCUGCCAUGUUGCACAACCGCCAAAAUGAUGUCCAGAUCCACCCCCAGCCAGAAGCCUCGAACCCACAGUCCGUGGCCCACUUCAUCAACCUCACCACCCUGGUGAACUCCAUCACUCCCCUGGGAAACCAGCUCAGUGAGCAGCACCCUCUCACAUGGCGGGCCGUGCCCCAGACAGACGUGCUGCAGCCACCACAGCCCCCCUCAGCCCCGCAGCAGGCAGCACAGCCCCAGGUGCAGAGCGAGCAGCAGCAGAUGUACAGCUACUGAGCUGCAGCCGUAGAACCCGCCCGAGCUGCCUGCAGGGCUCUGGGGCCUUGAGGUUUGCUUGCUGGAUACCAAACGGGAACGGUGUGCACUUGGCGGUGUCACGGAGGUGGGCUUAGCUUUACAGAGUCAGCUCUAGGUUCCCAGCAGUGCCACAGCCCGUUGGCGUAGCUGGCGAUGGGACCUUUGGCGGGCAGGAGCUUAGGAGUUCCGCCUCACCAGGGUGCUGUGGCCUGGCCGGGCCACACUGUUGCCCUCAGAACUGUGUGAUUGUCACAGGACUCAGGGACACAAAGAGAGGCAGGGUCCUAGAGGCCAGUACGAUGUCCUGCGGGCCAAGGCCGUUUGUCUCUGUUUCUUCAGCAGCUCAUUUUUCUAGUAGCAUAAAUAGUAUUCACGGCUGCACAGACGAGCCCAGGUCUCCCCUGGCUCUCGGUUUUGUCGGCAGCAGGCGGGGCGAGGUGAAAGUCAGGCCUUCUCCAAAAUCUGUGGCCUGGGCAAGGGAUCACAUGAGCCCCCAGCUCCGGCACCAAAGGCAUCUUGGGAAUAUCCAUCAGCUGAUUUUCAAUAUGGUCUUUUCAUUUUGUUUCAUACCUGUCUUAUGUAUUCAAGACUUUCUUGUGGCCAAUAUUGAUUUUUAUUGUAUUUUAACAUAAAGUCGUUUGCACUGUAGGGCUGUUUGUCCAUGUCCAGCUGUGCACAGCUGCCUGCGUGCAAAGGCACAUGCAGUUGUGUGCAAGGAGCCAGCCUUCACGCUCGCAUCCUGAGGCUCCUCUAGCGCCGUCUCAGGACUCUGUCAUCCAAGCCUGUUAUGACUGGCGUGCACACCCUGAACAGAGGACACGGAAGGAACCCGGUUUUUUCUUUCUGUUGUAAGCCUUCAUUCCAAAGGUUGAUGUGUCUGAAGAGCAAUUUCCUUACGAAGUGUGGUUGAGUGUGGCUCUGCAGAGGGACUUCUGUGGGUGGGGGUGAGAGCAACAGAGGUCAGUGUGGCUGUGGAGGACAGUGCUUCCCAAAGCCCUGAGGGGACACAGCCAGUACAUGUGUGUGCCAUCCCAGAGGCGAUGGACUAGGCUCUUCUGGUGGCCAUCUGCCAUCACCAGCACAAGGACGCAGACAGGUGCAGGGGGAGACGUCUGGUUUUGCUCCCCUAAUCUGUUUUUAACACCAUGCAAAGUGCAAGGGGAACUUGCUUUACUUUGUCCUUGACCUUAUGUGUCCUGGAUGUGGCGGGACUACUGGCAGCCCACCCUCAGCAGGCAGAGGAGGCUGCACCAGGCUCGGGCAGCUUGUGUCAGACAGAACACAGCCCUCAAACCCUCCCUGCGUCCACGCUUACAUCUCAGUGGAAUGCGUAGUGGAAUUCUAGGACUUCCUAAUUUAUGACAAUUGUUUUUAUGUUAUUUAUGUGUAUAAUUAACUACUUUUACACAGUACUUUUAUCAUUGAACUUGGGCUAAGGAUGAAUUAUUUUCUAAAAUAUUGCCUCUAUUCUCCAAAUAUAUAUAGUCCAGGUAGCCAUGGAAACAGCAGAGGACUGGGGGCUCUUACCAUGUUUUUAAAGACCAAUGACCGUCCCUCUCUGCCUUUAACAUCAACUCAAAGAAAGUGAGCAAAGUCCAAACAGGUCCAAACAAGCCUUGGGCUCGAUUGAACAUCUACUAGUGUUUAACUCUUAUUCUCUUCCCUGUGAAAUA